AUGGCUCUCAGCCGGUUGAUCUAUGAGCUUUACUCGCAUCAAUGGAUUCAAGCUGAUCAGAAAAAAACAAUCGGCGUCAAUGGUGAUAAGAUUAAAGUUCUCUUCUGUUCGGUAAUCGUGAUUGUGGAACAAUUGGUCCAUCAAUCGAUUCAUUGUCAACAUUUUUAUCUAAGAUUGUUGGAAAAUAUACGGAUUGUUAUUUGGUUACCUAGAACCACCAGUUUAGAUAAACAAGACGGAUUUCUACGAUGUGAUGAUGAACAUUCCUAUCUUGCUAAAAAUGCUAGUGACAGUGGUGCUAAUGGUUCAUUAUCAAUUUCAAGAUUAUCAUUCAUUGAUUCUAGACUAGUGCCUCUAACACCAUCUAUCGAUUUAUGGCUCUUGGCUCCUAAGUGCAUCAGAAUUCCAUCCAAUAGUUUCUUCGAUCUACCUUCUUGUCUAUCUUCUCUCGACAAAUCUAACUCUAUAACAAAAUUCCCCGUUGAUGGGGCUCGUGGAGAUGGUGAUCUACUAAAAGUAGGAAAGUGUGGUGCUGACACUGGAACUUUGACCAACAAAUGUGUACUAUUGUUUUGA